AUGGCCUCAGAUGACGACAGCCUUUUCGAGCGGGAAGUCGCCCGCGUCCGAACCGAAUAUCAGCGGAAGCGCCAGGCAUCCAAUCUGUUUCCUCCCGCAGGUCAGCCCGUUCUCGAUACGUCCUGCGUGGACGGAGAAAACCCGUCCAUGACCAUCUGGUACGAGGACGGCACCGAACUCGGUCGAUCCGUGCGUCUGUUCGACUUGCCAGGAACGCUCUCGGGCGAUAUCUUGCGCCUGGAGCGCGACCUUCCCUCGAUAGAGGGCCAUUGCGAUAUCGAAGGCGACGAGAUCCGCAGUCUCGACCAAUGCCUCGACCCGCCUCCCGAGAUUGAGGAUGACUUUGAAGAUAUUGAAGACCUCAUUAACCAACUGCCCAUCGUCGAGGUUGAGUCUGCGAAACAUUUCGUAAAGAGGGGGAAAUACCGCAGCGAGAUUGAAAAUCUCCUCCAAUGUCAAGGUGGAUUCUGCCCUGGAACGGUCUCUUCCGAACACCUGGUGCGUCUUCUUGGAAGAUCCAUCGAUGGUCAGCUGGUCUUCCCCAAGCUGGCGACGCGCGCCAUCCUGGGGCGAUUCUCUUCGCUCACAACAUAUAAGCGCUGGAUCUUGCACCUGGUGGACGUUCUCUCCUGUCUACAUAGCCUCGGCAUCGUUCAUCGGGAUCUGCGUAUUGAUAAUUGUCUCUUUACCGACGACGGAAGUCGGCUGGUUGUCUGCGAUCUCGAGAGCCGCUGGGGUCAGCGAGCUGCCCCCGAAGUCGCGUCGGAUGGCGGGCUGGACUCUGGAUGGACUACCUUUUCCGACAUAUAUGAUAUUGGAAAUUGCAUCAAGUGCAUGGUCUACGCCAAUGCGCCCAUCACCAACCAAGUCGAGUGGCCGGUUCCCCCACCACUUCAAGCCAUUGUUGACGCGUGUAUGCGCGACUUGCCACAUGAACGCCCGACGCUGUCUGGGCUGCGACUCAUGGUGGAAGCCCUGUGA